AUAUGUGGGUAGAUUAAGUAAUCAGGCGCCGACUGAAUGUGGGUAGGUUUAUUUCUGUCUCUUUUAAUAAAUCCUAUACCGAACGGACGUGUUUCCUUGGUCUCAUCAGCUCAGAUCCAUCUCCUGGCCUGAAGGCAUAUUUAUCAGUGGCGACGGGACUGUGAUCUACGUGUGGAAUAUUUUAGUGUUGUGGUUUAGUACAUUGCAGUGAAUAAAAACAGUAAUAAUGGCAGUCGGAAAGAUAGCCCCUUUCGAUAUGGACAAAGAUUGUUGGGACUUAUACGUGGAGCGUUUGGAACAAUAUUUUAUAGCGAAUACAGUGAGUGAAUCGGUUAAAGUGGCUACCUUAAUUACGGUGGUAGGCAGGGACGCGUAUGAACUUAUGGUUAAUUUGUGUACGCCGGCCCGCCCGGCAACAAAGACUUUUGAUCAGUUGAAGGCCAUCAUGAAAUCGCACUUGCAACCUAAACCGAGUGUAUUAGCAGAAAGGUUCAAAUUCCGACAACGACGCCAAGCAAGUGAUGAGAGCAUAGCGGAGUAUGUCGCGGCGUUGAAGAAAAUGUCAAUGACUUGCAACUUUGGCGCGGACUCAUUGCAAGACAAUUUAAGGGACCAAUUUGUUUGCGGUUUAUCGAAGGAUGUUAUACGACAGCGACUAUUCGCGGAGUCGCGCGCGACGUUCGAGAAAGCAUUCAAAUUAGCCGUAACGAUAGAUUCGGCCGAGACGGAAUCGGCGGUUAUGGAAAAGCGAGUAGACAACCAUGGAGGAAGUACGGGUGUCUACCAGGUGGCCUCGAGCUGGGGGCGAGGGAGCUACGGUAACGGUGAAGCCGCCGGGGGACGGAAGGUCACGGGGGCUACGCGAGGCGGGGCAGGCACCGGGCGCGGCGCGAGCGGCCGCGGCGGACGACGCGGGCCGGGCGCCACGGGCGCCGGCCGUGGGCGCGGCGCGCACGGCAGCGCUGCUGGCUGCAAGACGUGCGGCGGCAGUCAUGACUCCAACACGUGCAAAUUUAAGGCGUACGUGUGUCGGGUGUGCAACCGAGAUGGACAUCUGAAGAGGAUGUGUCCGAGACUACGCGAGGAACAGUUGUUCGCGUUGUAUGACGGAGGCGCGGACGGGCAGGUGGCGUGA